AUGUCAGGUCCUGGCCAGAAUACCGUCGAUAUCGACGCUCUCCUCGAUCUUACCGAGUACGAUAACUUCCAAUCUCCUGCUACUUCAGUAUCGCCAUCAGGAACAUCAAAGGCUACCUUCGCGAGCCCUAUCUCAGCCGCUGUUGCUGCUCCCGCCACCACAACUGCCCAGAGCCUGAGCGGUCCCAGUCACAACUAUGACAUGUACAGACAACAGACUGGCUUUGUGCCCGGUGCCAUCGCCAACACAAUGGCUGUUAACCAGACAAACAACACUGGCUACCAAGACUUCCGCAACAUCGACUACCUAACCACCUUCAGUCCCGAGGCCGAUCUGUUUGAUUUCAACACAUCUCCUUCGCAAGCUACUUUGGGUGCUUCGGAUAUGGAUAUGGACUUCGAGUCGCAGACCGAGACUCAACAGUUCUUCACUGUCGACCCUAGCAGCAUUGAGCAAGAGAACGCUGGCCUUCCUUCACCACCCGUUUUGCCUACACAGAACAAUGGCCGUCUUUGGCCUGGUGCUCACUCCCAAGCCGCUCUUGCCAAGGCUCAGCAACAACAGCGACAGCAGCAGCAGAUCAUUCAGCAACAACAACAGGCUCAGCGCCAUGCAUCGCAGCCCAAGUCUCGCGGCAAGGCCCCUCAGCCUACCGACCCCAUUGUUGAGCAGAAGAUUACUCAGCUCCUGAACUCUAUGCGAGCCAAGCCCUCAAUGCCUGAGAGCCAGGCUACCAGUCCCAUGACCAACCUUCCCCGAUCCAAAAAGGACGAAGAGGAGAUGGAUGAGGAUGAGCGCCUCCUGGCUAGUGAGGAGGGCAAGAAGCUCAGCAGCAAGGAGCGACGACAGCUUCGCAACAAGGUCUCCGCUCGUGCUUUCCGUUCCCGCAGAAAGGAAUACAUCACUCAGCUUGAGACUGAGAUCGCCAACAAGGUCAGCGAGAACGGUGACCUCCGCGCUCAGAACCGUGCUCUUGUGGACGAGAAUAAGCGUCUGACUGACCUCACCCGCAUGCUUCUCUCUUCGCCUUCUUUCUCCAACUUCUUGGACAAUCUCAGCAGCAACCCUACCGCUGUCCAGCAGACUCCUCAGCUCAAGGUUGAGCCUCAACCCGAGCAGCGACAGGUGCCCAAGGACAUCAACCCCUACAACGCUCAGCAGUCUUCGCAGCAUCAGAUUGGCAUGGCCAUGAUCCCCGAGCAGAAUAUGGACUUCUCCAUGCUCACUCUUGAUGGCUCUUUCAACUUCCAGCCUCAAGUUUUUGUUGUUGACACUCCCGAGCUUCCUGAUGCUAUUGACGCUUCUGUUCUCUCUGGCAAGACUUCCAACUUUGCUGAGCCCAUUUUCGACUCUGAGGAGGAGAAGCUUGAGGUGCCCGCUAUUGAGCGCCCUAUUGAGAAGCCCGAGGUUUCUGAGCCCGUUGACGCCGCACCUAUUGAUCUUGAGUUUGAGUCUGACCCUGAAUUCGCCCUGUUCCACACUGAAACCGCUCCAACCACCGCUGAGCAACCCAAGGAGUUUGAUUCUGAGGGUCUAUCGCACAUUGACAUCUUUGGCGGUGUUGAGUCCGAAAAGGUCCUUGCCCGUCUUGAACUUGUCGAUGCCGGUGAGGAAGAGUGUAUCGCUGCUUUGGCUAUGGCUCGCGUGCAACGCAUCAGCGCUAGCUGUGACGCUGUCACAUCAAGGACUCUUCUCAAAAUCAAGUCUCAUUGCUCGACUGUGUCUCUGAUUUCAUCCAUGGCCGAUGUUGUCCAGCCGCCAGAAACGACAGCUCCAGAGUCAUACGCCUAUACACCAUUCACAAAUAGCUUUACAAUCCGCAUUCUGACUCUUGAGCCUGGUACGGGCAAUGACCCAUUAGUCGGUCAUCUCGGCUUUGAGAACCUUGAUCUCAGUCCGCAAUAUGAAGCCAUCUCAUAUUGCUGGGGUUCAGGUGGUCGAUCCUCUGAGAUUAUAUGCGACGGAAAGCCGCUGCCAUUGACGGAGAGCAUUGAGGGUGCCCUACGCCGUAUGAGACAUGCAACUACCCAGCGACGCUUAUGGGCGGAUCAAGUCUGCAUCAAUCAGGAUGAUAUUGCCGAACGAAGUCAGCAAGUCAGUCUGAUGAAUGCUAUUUACAAGGGGGCGAAGCAUGUGUUGGUAUGGCUCGGGGAAGACAAGGUAGGACAUGGGAAGGCGGCUAUGGAGAUGAUUCACUACCUUCACGGAGUGUUUAAUGAUGAAGAGCUGCAUAACGAGUUCAAGAGAGCUCAUUCAGAAGAUUUGCUGAGCCAGGAUAGAAAACCUUGGGUGCCGUUCUCAAAUCUAUCGAGGCUGCCAUGGUUUAAUCGUAUAUGGAUUGUUCAAGAAAUAGGAACAGCGGCACCAGCGACUCUUUACUGGGGCGAUGCAGAGAUCGACUGGGAGAUUCUGUCGUCAGUUGCAGGCAUCUUGAAUACGACUUAUCACUUCCUACGCUCAAGAUUCGCCGUCUUUACACCUAACAUCCGAUAUUUAUAUCAACGCUUCGUUGAGCCAGAGGAGGCAUAUGAUGUCAACCAUAACCGCGCAGCCUUCAUAUACGAACUUCACCGUGCAAGACAUCUCUUAUCCAAAGACCCUCGGGACCAUGUCUACGCUUUUCUUGGCCACUUCUCCAUCCAUGCUGGUAGUUCGAGCCUAGCAGAGUUGGUGGCGGAUUACAGCAGAUCGAUAGAAGAUAUCUAUUAUGACGUUGCCGUCAGGGAACUCUCUGGGUGCGAAUCACUUCUGCUGCUGUCUGCUUGUCAUGCUAUACCAAUUACUUACAAGAAACGGAUUAUGGAGAGGGGAGAUUUACCAACUUGGGUUCCAGACUGGCGUGUUGUGCCGUUGCAUCUCAUGGGUACACCCGUGACUCCUCAUAGAGCAUCCGGGGAGUAUCGGCCUCAAUUAUGCAUCGACGAAGAGACAAGAGCUCUUCACAUCUACGGUGUUCGCUUAGAUCGUAUCCGUCGACCAUCGUGGAUCUUCUGGAACAACGCUUUCCACUUCCGUCGCAACAACCCGUUUCGUCUCCCUAUCGAAGCCCUAUGGCGAGAUAUUUGUGGUAGAAACCUACCCUUCAACCUACGACAACGCUAUCGAAACGGCGACUCAGCGUUCUUCGCCCUUGUGCAAACACUUACAAACGCAUGUAUCGGAGCAGAUCGCUCACGGCCAUACGAGAGUAUUCCCAAGGAAGAGUGGCUGGCCAACGGCGCAGCGUAUCUUGUCCGCGCGCUGGAUAAACCUGGUGCUGUUUCACCAGAGAUACAAGAGCUUGCGCAGACGGGAGACGGGUUCAAGUGGAGCCAUGAAGCAACGCUUGUUACGCGGUAUCGAGGCUUUGCGAUAACUUUUGGGGGAUGGUUUGUUGUUGGGCCGGAUAUUAUGUUGGCUGGAGAUGUGGUUGUGGUGUUGUACGGAGGUAGAACCCCGUUCUUGCUAAGAAGAAAGGACGACGGGACGUGGGUACUUGUCGGGGAGUGUUAUGUACAUGGGAUGAUGAAUGGGGAGGCUUUUGACCUUGAUGGGGUUGAAGAGGAGGAGUUUGUUAUUGUGUGA